CUAAUACUAGGAGCUGCUUUAGAUUCUGCGCGGCCACUGAACUUCUGACGUCUUGUCCAUGAAAAACUGAAGAAAACUCCCUCCAAUAACGCUUUUUACUCUCCCGUAAUUCCAUUAGAAGGAAACAAAACGAAAGCAAAAACUUCUCAGAAGAAGCCGUAGAUCUAAGAGCUAAAGUGCUAGAUGAAAGCCAAAACUAAGAGAUCCAAUCCAAAGUUAGGGUUGCCGAUUGUCUUUGUUUUGUGUUUUCUUUUCUUCGUCUCUGGUUUUUUCGGAGCCACUCUCCUUUCCCAGGGUGUACCCAAUGUACGGCCGAGGCUGAGAAGGCUUGGAGUGGAGAAGGAGGAGGAGCAAAAUGGGUUGAUGCCGCAUGGCGAAACUGGGGAGCCUUCUCUUCAUUCAAUUCCGUAUCAGGUUUUAAGUUGGCAACCACGAGCUCUUUAUUUCCCAAACUUUGCAACUGCAGAACAAUGCCAAAACAUUAUUGAAAUGGCAAAGUCACGCCUUAAGCCAUCAACCCUGGCUUUGCGAAAGGGAGAAACUGCUGAGAGUACUAAAGGAACUAGAACAAGUUCAGGCACAUUUAUUACUGCAUAUGAAGAUAAAAGUGGAACCUUGAACUUCAUUGAGGAGAAAAUUGCAAGGGUUACUAUGAUCCCAAAGACCCAUGGGGAGGCAUUUAAUGUUUUACAGUAUGAGAUUGGCCAGAAGUACGAUUCUCAUUAUGAUGCAUUCAACCCGGCUGAAUAUGGCCCACAAAAGAGCCAAAGGAUGGCUUCUUUCUUGUUGUAUCUAUCUGAUGUGGAGCAGGGUGGAGAAACCAUGUUCCCAUUUGGGAAUGGCUCAAAAAUAACUUGGAGCUAUGAUUACAAAAAAUGCAUUGGCCUAAAGGUGAAGCCAAGGAGAGGGGAUGGGCUUCUAUUUUAUUCACUGUUUCCAAAUGGCACAAUUGACCGGACAUCUCUUCAUGGAAGCUGCCCAGUAAUAAGAGGGCAGAAAUGGGUGGCAACAAAGUGGAUUAGAGAUCAAGAGCAAGAGGACUAACCGUCAAAUACAAUACAGGCCGAAUUCGGUCUCUUGGUUAUUAGAGUGUCUUUUACAUUUAGAACUAGGAAAGCUUCAAACUAAUUAUAUACUAAUAAACGAUCAGUUCCUCUCUAGCUAGCAAUCCUUAUGGAAGUUUUCAUGUUGGCGGCUCCAAGAAUCCUUGAUUUAGAGAAACAUUUUAAGUUACAGCUCCAUCACAUUUAAAUUUGAUAUCCAAUGCUGUUAAUAACAACGGAUGGGUUUCAUCGUGAAUGUGAUUGUGUGAAAGUGUAAAACUUGUAAUAAAAAUCAUCCUGAAUAUGGUUGUGACAGCAUUUAUGCUUCAGAAUUUGAUGCUCAACUAGGAGAAUAUAAAUUUUGCUGGUUUUUCUUA